UAGCAACCUUUCUACCAACCUUUUCAUAUUUUUAGAAUUCGAACAGCUGAUAAUUUGAUUGUCACAUUUAGUUAGAGUAUUUUUAGAAAUUUUCCUUUGUGAGACCUUUCUUCUUAUGAACCCCAAUGAAAAAUCGCAAUGACAAAACCUCUGUCAAAAGGUCUGGUUCUAGAAGAGCCCUACCUCCAGAAACUGAAGAUAAAACACCUCUCGGGUCUUCAACACACACGGGCUACAUUUCCACUUUUAUUCUUUUAAUAUCAACUUUAAUAAUCUAUGAUGUAGUUAUGGUGACAAAUGGGACUGUCGACUUUGAAGCUCUCAAAGCUGAUCUCAGAAACAGCGUUUACAAUCAGAGUGAUUCAGUUCGUGUAAUAACAGAAAGUUUGGACAAGAUCCAGAAAAAUGAUCAGUCUGUGGAUGUAAUUAUUUUUAUGGGAAGUACAGGUGUUGGUAAAACUUUCACUGCGAAUAUUCUGAAAAAACACUUUAAUCCAUUUACAUACGAAUUAAGGACCCCAUUACACAACGAACAAAUUUUUAGUACAAUUAAACGUAAUAGACAUAAUUUAUUAAUAAUUGAUGACUUAACAUUAGAUGAUACAGAUAAUUUAGUUUUAUUUAUAAAAAAUAUACCACAAGAUGUGGGUGCACUUGUGGUCUGUAUUUUUAAUAUUCAAGAGACUGAUAAUUUGUUAAAUCAUAGGAUUAAUCACGAUUACAUUGAUAAAAUAGUAGACAAAAUGAAUUUAGCUAAAAUUUCUUACACGGUGGCUAAAUUUCAUGAGUUUACAGAAGAUCAAGUCAAAGGUUGGGUGAUAAAACAAUUAGAAAUGAAAGGAGUUGACAAACAGUUUCAUUCUAAAAUUGUUCAAACUGUGGUUGGUAACCAAAAUGUUAGGUACAACGGUUUAAAAGGUUUAAAUUCAAAAAUAUUGUUAGAACUGUGAUAAAAUGCCUUGUCUAAUUUUUAUUCAUUGUCUGUUUUUAUUCAUUAUGAAAUAAAUUUUGCGAGAAACAA